UCAACACGCUCCAGAUGUCUUUUAGGGAGAGGAGGAGGAGGAAGAGAAAGACAAAGGAACACAAAGAAGAACUAACGACAGCAGACCACAAAUAUCUAACACACACUAAGAGAGAGGAACACAAAGGAUGAACAAACAGCAACAGAUCUGCUGGCCACAACGAGGAUAUUUGUGGCCUACUACACUGUCGGAUAUAAAGUUCGAAAGCAGCUGCUGGACAUGACGGAGCAGAAAUGCCACGUGUACCUCGGUGGGAUCCAGACCAUGCACUACAGAACAUUCGAAGACAAGAUAGGACUUCCAGGAAUGCUGGGCACUGUAGUAGGGGAUGUGAAACCCUUCUGUGGGAGCCGGAAGAUAGGACUUCCAGGAAUGCUGGGCACUGUAGUAGGGGAUAUGAAACCCUUCUGUGGGAGGAAAGCCUUCAGGUUGUUGAGAAAUGACCCAAGAAUCUUCAGGGAGACUGCAUCAAACAGUAUGGUCAACGCUAACACCUAUAGAUAUCUAGUGCCUGGCUUCCUGCCCUGUCCAUCGUCAUCCAUUAGCGACGGCGUUAAGGGCGGCUUCAUCUCAGCCUCAUGUCAUAGCAAGCAUCCUUCAUCUCCUUACAUCAACAUUAUCUCAACACCAACCGUACAAGAAACUCGCUGACUUAGGCCUCGUCCUGAUCCUCGCCCUCACCGCCAGCUCCUUUCCUUCCUCAUUGACAAACUCGCUUGCACAACAACAACUGCUUUCACCCGCCUGAUGGUAACAAUGUGUAUGUAUGUGUAUGCAUGUAAUUAACGUUAAUUUAUAUCUUUUUGUGUGUGAUUAUGUAUAUCUUUGAAAACGAUCAUUCACAUCAAAGCGUGAUUGCUCUCUGUGUGACAAUGGCUCAACUCAAGCAAGUCUGCACGAGCUGCGGCUCAACACACUUUGCUACAAAAUGCAAAGGUUACAGUAAUUCUUGUAUUAAUAUUAUAAAGCAAUAAACUUUACUUACUUACCUACA